AUGGCGGGGCUGGACCGGGGCCGCUACUGCGGUGCCCGUGUGUGGAUCCCCCACUGCACUGAGGUCUGGAGGGUGGCAGAAGUAACCAGGGGCUACAGGGAAGGAGACAAUGUUCUCCAUCUCCGCCUGGAUGAUGCCUCGGAGCUGGUCUACCCCGUGGGGUCCCAGCUGCCGCCUCUCUGCAACCCCGACUGCCUCUCUGGCGAGGAUGACCUGGUGGCCCUCAGCUACCUGCACGAGCCGGCUGUGCUGCACUCGCUCCGCAUGCGCUUCCUGGAGGCCAACGCCAUCUACACCUACUGCGGCAUCAUCCUUGUUGCCAUCAACCCAUACAAGCCACUGCCCAUCUAUGAGGAGGAGGUGAUCUACGCCUACAGUGGCCGUGAGGUCGGGGACAUGGACCCCCACAUCUUUGCCUUGGCCGAGGAAGCGUACAAGCAGAUGACACGCUAUGGGAGGAACCAGUCCCUCAUCAUCAGCGGCGAGUCAGGCGCAGGCAAGACGGCGUCGGCCAAGUUUGCCAUGCGCUACUUCACCGCGGUGGGCGGCAGCCUGGGCGACUGCAGCAUGGAGGAGAAGGUGCUGGCCUCCAGCCCCAUCAUGGAGGCCUUUGGGAAUGCGAAGACCACCAGGAAUGACAACAGCAGCCGCUUUGGGAAGUACAUAGAGAUUGGCUUCAGCCAGGCCUAUGUCACGGGGGCCACCAUCAAAACCUACCUGCUGGAGAAGUCCCGGGUCACCUUCCAGGCAAAAUCAGAGAGGAACUACCACAUCUUCUACCAGCUCUGUGCAUCAGCAGCCCUGCCGGAGCUCCAAGGCCUGGGGCUCUGUGCAGCCGAGUCCUUCCACUACACGCGCCAGGGCCAGUGCACCCGUGUGGAGGGCACCGAUGAUGCCGCUGAUCUGGACAGCACCCGACAGGCCUUCUUGCUCCUGGGGGUCCUGGAGGCCGAGCAGCUGGAGCUCUUCCGUGUCCUGGCUGCCAUCCUGCACCUGGGCAACAUCGCCAUCAGAGCCAGGGACCGCCAUGGCGAUGGCUGCUCUGUAGAGUCUGCAGACGCAGCCCUGGGCCUGUUCUGUGCGCUGCUGGGCGUCGAGGCCACGCAGGUGUCGCGCUGGCUCUGCUACCGCAAGCUGGUCGCCACCGGGGAGACCUACAUGAAACCCCUGUCCAGGCAGCAGGCGCUUGACUCCCGCGAUGCCCUGGCCAAGCACAUGUAUGAGCAAGUCUUCAGGUGGAUGGCAAGUAGGGUCAACCGUGCCCUGCGGUCCCCAGAGGGCCACCACACCUCCAUUGGCAUCCUGGACAUCUAUGGGUUUGAGAUGUUUGAGCUCAACAGCUUUGAGCAGUUCUGCAUCAACUAUGCCAACGAGAAGCUGCAGCAGCUCUUCAACCUGCAUGUCUUCAAGUUGGAGCAGGAAGAGUACGUGGCUGAGGAGAUCCCUUGGGUAUUUGUUGACUUCUGUGACAACCAGCCAUGCAUUGAGCUCAUCGAGGGCCGGCUGGGCAUCCUGGACCUGCUCAAUGAGGAGUGCAAGAUGCCCCAAGGCAGUGAUGGGAGCUGGGCCCAGAAGCUUUACCAGACUCAUCUUGGCAGCUCCCACUUCCAGAAGCCCAAGAGGCCCACGGAUGCCUUCGUUGUCUGCCACUUUGCUGGCAAGGUGGAAUAUCAGUGCCAUGGGUUUGUGGAGAAGAACAGGGACACUGUCCCCGAGGAGCUGGUGGGGCUGCUGCGAGCCAGCAAGUCCCCGCUGCUCGCUGAGCUCUUCUUGGAGGAUGGGGACGGUGCUGGGUCCCUUCAGCCCCGCAGGUCCAGUGGGGCCAGGCUGGCCAGUCGCCCUGGCCGCAGGUCACUGCCUGGGAACAGCAAGAACAAGAAGUCCGUUGCCAGCCAGUUCAAAGCGUCCCUGCACAAACUCAUGGGCACGCUGGGCAGCACCACCCCGCACUACGUCCGCUGCAUCAAGCCCAACGACAGCAAACAGCCCUUCGUGUUUGACUCCAGGCGGGCAGUGGAGCAGCUCCGAGCCUGCGGGGUGCUGGAGACCAUCAGGAUCAGCGCCUUGGGCUACCCCUCCAGGUGGACGUACCAGGAGUUCUUUGAACGCUACCGGGUGCUGGUGAGCAGGGAGGAGCUGCUGGGCACCGAUGCCAGGCAGAUCUGCAACCAGGCCCUGCAGAGGCUGCUCCAGGACCCCAGCAAGUACCGGUGCGGCAAGAGCAAGGUGUUUCUGCGGGCAGGCCAGGUGGCCUACCUGGAGGGGCUGCGCUGGCGGCGGCUGCGCGAGGCCUGCGUCCUGCUGCAGCGGCACCUGCGCGGCUGGCUGGCGCGGCGGCGCCUGGCACGGGCCCUGGAUGUUCCCCGCUUUGUGCCCUCCCGCAGGCUCGCGCAGCGGCUGCGCAGGACGCGGGCCGCCGUGGUGCUGCAGAGGAGCGUCCGCAUGGCCCUGGCCCGGCGCUCCUAUCUGCGCCUACGCCAGGCUGCCCUCACCAUCCAGGCUUUUGCUCGCGGCAUGUUUGCCCGAUGCCUGUACCAGCAGCUGCUGCGGCACCGCAAGGCCGUGGUGCUCCAGGCGGCCGUGCGUGGCUGGCUGGCCCGCGGCCGCUACGCUCGCCUGCGCGCGGCCACCAUCUACCUGCAGUGCUGCUACCGCCGGGCGCGUGCACGCCGGGAGCUGCGGCGGCUGCGGGCCGAGGCGCGCUCCGUUGAGCACUACAAGCAGCUGCACAAGGGCAUGGAGAUCAAGGUGAUGCAGCUGCAGUGCAGGCUGGAUGAGCAGGCACAGGAGAAGCAGCGGCUGUCGGAGCAGCUCUUGGCGCUCACGGCCGCACAUGCCGAGGAGGUGCAGGGGCUGCGGGCCGAGAUGCGGCGGCUGCACGAGGAGGCAGUUUGCGACACGCGUGUCCAGCACCUGCAGGAGCGGCUGGCCCAGCUGGAGCAGCACAGCGCCGAGAGCAGCCUGGCCCGUGAGGUGCAGGAGCUCAGACAGCGCUUAGUGGAGGUGGAGGCUGUGAAACUGCACCUGGGCGAGGAGAGGGAUGCCCUGAUCCAGCGCACGUUGGAGCAGUCGCAGGAUCUCGAAGAGCAGCACCAGCGCGCGGCCAGGGAGAGCCGUGGGCUGCUGCAGGAGCUCGAGGAGGAGCGUGCUCGCUACCAGAGCCUCGUGAAGGAGUACGCCCGCCUGGAGCAGAGCUACGACAACCUGCGCGAUGAGGUCGCCUUCCACAAGCAAAGCACCUUCAGACGCUCCCCUUCAUCUGAGAGCUUCCUGGGCUCUGAGAGCAGCUACGUGUCCUCAGUGUCCACAGUUCCAUCUCGGGAUGACUCCGACCUUCAGGCUGAGGGGCCCGAGGAGCGCUGGCAGCCAGGGCAGGAGGGCCAGCCAUCCCAGCCAGGCAAUGAAGUGGCGCCUGAUGGUGGCGCGGGCCAGCACCCCUUCAAGAAGGCCUAUCUGCUGCUCCUGGCGCAGCUCAACGCCGUCAGCGAGGAGCUGGCCCGGACCCGCGAGGAGCUGCACAGGGCCCGGGCACACGCAGAGCCCGAGGAGAAGAAACCGCUGGAUUUCCUCAAGCGCAGGAACAUUGCUGAGAUGCUGGGGACGGCCAGGAGCCCCGAGAAGGCAGCUCCAGGCGAUGACUUGAAGCACGCGUACGAUGCGGUGCAGGUUGCCAAUAGGCUGCUGGCGAGCCAGCUGCAGGAGAAGAAGCAGCAGCACGAGGAGGAGGUGGAAGGGCUGCACCUGGACAUCAGCUCCCUCAAGCAGCUGAGCCAGCAGCAGGCAGCUCUGAUCCAGGACCUGCAGCGGCACCAGGGCCAGGAGGGGCUGCAGCACCACGUUGUGCGCCUGAAGGAGGAGAACUGCGAGCUGGCCCAGAAGCUGGAGAAGGAGGAGAGGACCACGCUGAAGCUCCAGAAGCAGCUGCGAGUCUACGCGAGGCAGAUCCAGGACCUUGUGGGCAAGAGAGAGGCCUCCUGGCCAGCACAGGAACCAGCAGGUCCUGCAAAGGUCUCAUCCACAGCUGGGCAGCCCCGGGCCAUGCUGGCAUGGAGAGCAGGGGAUGAAGGGCGCAUCACCAAGGCUGUCAUUACAGACUACAGAGCGCAGAGCAGCCCCGGGGUGCUUCCGGACCUGCCAGCCUACGUCCUCUUCAUGUGCUACCGGCAUGCGGACCACUGCUGUGAUGAGCCGAGGGCCCGCGUGUUGCUGGAUGCUGCCAUCGGUGCCAUCAAGAGAGUCAUGAAGAAGCAGGGUGAUGAUGUUGAUGUGAUGGCCCUGUGGCUUGCCAACACCUACCGGCUCCUGAACUGCCUGCGCCAGUAUGGCAGGGACGAGAGCUACUGGCAGGCGAACACAGCGCGGCAGAACGAGCAGCGGCUGCGCCACGUGGACCCACAGGGUGCCUGCUGCAGCCUGAGUGCCCUGGCCAUCCAGCUCUACCAGCAGCUCAUUGAGGCAGCCCAGAAGGGCCUGAAGCCCGUGAUCGUUGCCGCGAUGCUGGAAAGCGAGACCAUCCAGGGCUUGUCCUCUGCUCGCCCCUGGGCUCCCGCUGGCCGGGGCCCCGCGCUGCCGGAGCUGCUGCAGCAGCUGGGCUCGGUGCGCGCAGCGCUGCGCCGCCAUGCGCUGCCUGCUGCACUGGGUCAGCAGGCCCUGCGCCAGCUCCUCUUCUUCAUCAGCGGCACCACCCUCAACUACCUGCUGCUGCGCAAGGACGCCUGCUCCUGGAACCGUGGCAUCCAGCUGCGGUACAACAUCAGCCAGCUGGAGCAGUGGCUGCGGGCAGAGGGGCUGCACCAGAGCGGAGCCCGUGAGGAGCUCGAGCCGCUUGUGCAGGCUGCCCAGCUGCUGCAGGUGAAGAAGGCUACCGAGGAGGAUGCUGGGGCUAUCUGUAGCCUCUGCACUGUGCUGUCCCCACAGCAGGUCGUGAGGAUCCUACGGGCUUACACGCCUGCCGCCGGGCUGGAGGAGCGGGUGAGCCCCAGCUUCAUCAGCAGCGUCGAGAAACGCCUGCAGGAGCAGAACCCUGCGGCGCCCAGCCAGCUCUUCAUGGACGUGUGUCACCUCUUCCCUGUGCACCUGCCGUUCUCCGCCUCCUCUGUGCACCUGGAUGAGCUCUGCAUCCCUGAGAGCCUGGGCCUGCUCUUCCUCCCCCAUGUGUGA